GCUUUCAAAUUUUUUCAAUCAAAUACUCAAACCACGUUUCUGUGGUCUGGCAGAUAACGAAAUAAUCUUAUUUUAUAAAACAGAUAUAAAUAGCAGAGUCUCUCAUCAACAUUGAUCAGCCCAUCAUAUUCAUGUCACGCAACGUGGCCGUCAUCGGAGCCGGACCUGCCGGUCUGAUAGCCGCCCAUGAGCUCCGGCUAGAAGGUCACAAAGUUGUUGUCUUUGAGCAGCAAAAGCAAGUGGGUGGCACCUGGGUCUAUACUCCACAGACCGAGUCAGACCCACUUGGGGUUGACCCUGUUCGGAACACGGUCCACUCCAGCCUCUACCACUCUCUUCGCACCAACCUCCCAAGAGAGGCGAUGGGUUUUCGGGUUUACCCUUUUAGGGUUAACGAUUCCGAGAAGAGAGAUGGGAGAAGGUUUCCGGGUCACAGGGAGGUUUUGGAGUACUUGACAGAGUUUGCCAAUGAGUUUGAGAUUGUUGAGUUGGUGAGGUUUGAGACUCAGGUGGUUCAUGUUGGUAUGGUAAUGGAACCCGAUGGAGGCUCCCCCACCAAGAAUUGGAGAGUAAGGUCAAAGUCAAAGUCAACGCCAAGGAAGAGAGAUUAUAGUCAUAGUGAUGAUGAGAAUGAAGAAGAGUUUGUUGAGAUUGAUGAGAUUUAUGAUGCUAUCGUUGUCUGUGUUGGCCAUUAUAAAGAACCCCGUGUUGCUCAAAUUCAAGUUGUUGCAGGCAUUGAUGUAUGGCCAGGAAAGCAAAUGCAUAGCCACAAUUACCGAAUUCCAGAGCCAUUUCGUGAUCAGGUUGUGGUUUUGAUAGGAGCAUCAAUGAGCGCAGCUGAUAUAUCUCGAGAGAUAGCUGCAGUUACAAAACAAGUCCACAUUGCAAUAAGAUCGGUCGACACUACUCGUAGAAGUACUGCACCCUCAAUCCGACCAGGAUAUGACAACACAUGGCUACACUAUUCUAUGAUAGAAAGAGUCCAUGAGGAUGGUAGUGUAGUUUUUGAGGAUGGCACUGUUAUCUUUGCUCAUACUAUUAUUCACUGCACAGGGUACGAAUACCAUUUUCCUUUCCUUGAAACCAAUGGCAUUGUGAGUGUGGAUGACAACAGAGUUGGACCCCUCUAUAAGCACAUUUUCCCCCCAUACUUAGCUCCCUCGCUAUCCUUUGUUGGUAUACCAUGGAAGCUUCCUCCUUUUCCAUUCUUUGAGUUGCAGAGCAAGUGGAUAGCAGGUGUUCUUUCGAAUCGAAUCCAGCUUCCAACAGCAGAAGAGAUGAUGAAAGAUGUUGAAUCCUUUUACUCUAAGUAUGAAAUCUCUGGCUUGCCAAAGAGGUAUACUCAUUGCAUAGGAGAAUCUCUGAUUGAGUACUAUAAUUGGCUUAGUGUUGAGUGUGAGUGUGAAUUUAUUGAAGAGUGGAGGAUUAAUAUGUUACUUUCAACUAUAAAUAGAGGGAGUUUACAGCCAGAGACAUACCGUGACAUUUGGGAAGAUGACCAUUUAAUAUUGCAAGCUCACCACGACUGGAAUCACCUAUGAAAAAUACACAACUUACUUGCUUAUUCAUAAAUUGUACUCUGUCUCAACAAACAAUUUAAUCUUAGUACAUAAACAUUAAUGAGCUGAAAGAGGUUUUUGAUUGCUA